AUGAUGGAUGACGAAGGCAACGGACCUGGAACUUUGACAUCGAUUGGAAUUCUGCUGAUCAUGAUUCUUUUCGUUGGUACUGGGUUGGCCCCAAUGAUGGGUGGAGGUGACAGAGAUUUGAGCAUCGCUGAUUCAGUUGUCACUCGACAAGAUUCACCACAAAAACUGAAAAACUAUGAAUCGACCCAAGAUCGUCUAUCUAGAGCAACCAUCCAGGAGAAGUUGAGCGCUGUUCCUGUGUUUUACUUGAGUGAGGGUGGAAACAUGCAGACCGAUAUUUUCCUUUCUUACCAAGAAGCCAAUGAUGUAGCUGCAGGCAAGAAUGGAGUUUCUGUGAAGGUGACUUCAUUGGAUCAAGUCAUGUAUCCCCUAAUCUUGCAACGAGGACGAAUGCGAAUGGCUCCACCACCACCAGAAAUCGAAAAGGCAGAAGCACAACUGUCCGAAAAUCCAGGGAAAAAGUACCGAUUGAUUCCAUCCAAGCCAUCUGUAGAGCAGGCCAAUGAAUACAAGUUGAACCUCCUAGAAAAUGAUGUCCCACUCUUUGUGGCUGAUCGAUUGGCCUUUGCAGGCUCCAAAGGACCACAAUUGCCUCUAUUUGUUGACAAGAGUGAUUGCAUGCUCAGCUACCAACGCCUGAGAUCUGGAAAGAGUAGUUUGCCGGAGCAGCCAAAUAUUCGAACAACUACGUUGCUGGACGAGCUUUAUUCCAUGGAAAAGGGGACGAGACCCGGUGUUUCUCAACUAGCCUUUUAUGCUACAGCUGAAGACGUGAAUCAAGCUGCUUCAUUAUUUGAUACUCUGAGAUAG